AUGACAGAAGUAAAUACAUUUAACUUUCAACUUGAAGUCGCCGACCAGUUACUACUAGUGUUGAUGAAACUUAAAUUAAACUUGCUGUUUGAUGACUUAGCUCGUAGAUUUGGAAUUUCUAAAAGUUUAGCUAGUAAAAUGUGUAAUGCUUGGAUGCCAGUCCUUGCAGAAAAACUUAAGGAUUUAGUUGCAUGGUUGCCGAGGGAAACAAUGCGAGCAUGUUGUCCCGAAUAUUUCCGAGAAAAUUACCCUCGCACCACUGUAAUAAUAGACUGCGCCGAAACAUUUAUACAACGACCUACGUACUUGAAAACUAGAAGUGAAACUUUCAGUAAUUACAAGUCGCACAAUACCGUAAAAUAUUUAGUUGGAAUAUCUCCACAUGGACAAAUCAUGUUUAUUUCCAAAGCUUUUGGCGGAAGAGCUAGUGACAAGUUUAUCGUGGAUAAGAGUGGAUUUUUAAACAAUUUAUUGCCGGGUGACGAAGUAAUGGCAGAUCGUGGAUUUACAAUUAAAGAUUUUCUUUUUCCUCGUCGUGUAAAAUUAAACAUUCCUGAAUUAACAAGAUGCAAACCCCAGCAUUCAAAUGAAGAUGUCACAACUACUAGACGUAUUGCACAUGUACGAAUACAUGUAGAGCGUGCUAUUCGUAAACUGAAAGUAUUUAAUGUUUUAAGUGGAACUGUACCAGUGUCGUCUUUAAAGAAUUUUAAUGACAUUCUUAUUGUUUGUUCCGCAUUGGUAAAUUUGAGAUCAGAUUUAAUACGGAAUGUCAAUGUAGAUACGGAUUGA